UACUUGAUAUUGGAACCCGAAAAUUUUGUCCAUUUAUCAUCUGGAAACAAUUUUAUGACAUUUAGUUUGAAAAUGAUUAAAUUGAUGUCUAGUCUAAUCUAAUGGAAUCAUUUGAUUUCGACUUGAUUUAUUUAUAUUGUAUUGAUCUAAUAUAAGCAGGGAGUGACUGCAUGAGCUUCGGUGUUCUACCACCGUGUACAGGCCAAUUGUUACCAAGAUACUGUAAACAGGUGGCGCUCUUCACCCUAUGUUUUCUGGCUGUUACAACUUGGUUUAUAGGCUAGCUAGGCUGUGUGGAAUAGUGGAGUUUUCGAAGAUUUUGGAUAUCAUUUGAGUGAUCUACCAUGGCAGAAGGAGAAACACUAUGCAAGAAUCUGGAGUGUGAUCCAGAUGUUGAGGAUAUGGGAGAUGGUAGUUUGCCUGAUAAUGAGCCAAGUAAUUUGAACGACAUCCAGGUUACUGACCUUGAAGAGACUCAUCAGAAUACCAUUACUUUGCAUCAACAGAAUGUAUGUAAUAGCUCCAAAGAUACAGGUGGAUUGAGAACUGAAGAGUUAACCUGCAAGGAGGAAGACAUCCAGAUAAAGAAGUACCAGUAUCCACAUAAAUCAAGUGAGCUCUUGGGAGAACUGAAUGACUUCCGCCUUGCAGGAAAGCUUGUGGAUGUAACACUGGUGUCUUCUGAUGAAAGAGAGUUCCCUUGUCACAGAGCAGUCCUUGCUGCCAGCAGUCCUUACUUUGGUGCAAUGUUCACGGAUGAUCUCCAGGAGAGUCGUAGUGAUCGUAUUGAACUGACCAACAUCAAAGGUACUGCUUUAGACUCUAUCAUCAAUGCAGUUUAUAGAUGUAAAGUUAAUAUCAGCCGUGAUUUAGUACAAGACCUUCUCGCUACAGCACACUUCUUGAACUAUCCCGAUAUCAUACAAUCUUGCUGUCAGUUCUUGGAAGAUUCUCUUACACCACAGAAUUGUCUAGGAAUCAUUCAGCUAGCUGAAACUUACCUCUGUGAUGAUCUUUGGACCCAGGCUUGGAAUUAUGCUCUAACUAACUUUAGAAAUGUUUCAUCCUGCAAGGAGUUUCUACAGUCAAAGGCAUUGGUCUUGGAACGCCUUGUUAGUAGCAAUGAAUUAAAUGUUUUGAAAGAGGAUGAGGUGCUAGCAGCUGUACUUCAGUGGGCCUUAAGUGAUCAAAUGCAUAUUGACUCUUUGCCAUCAGUUCUUGCAAAAGUGAGACUUCCACUAGUGAGCAAUCAAUAUUUAACUCAAACUAUGAAUUCAUACCAAUUCCUGCAUGGCAAUGGAAAGUGUCUGUCGCUGAUCAGAGAUGCCCAGAACCUCAAAGAACUUGCUAGAAAUCAGAGUCGUCGCGAUCAUCCCCUCCUGAAACCAAGAAAUUCCAUGAGGACUGAGGUACUGGUAGUAGUUGGUGGGAUGGUAGACAAUAGAGAAUGGAUUACCGAUGUAUCUUGCUUCAACCCAAAGGCUAACCAAUGGUCACCCAUGGCUAACCUUCCAUUUGACCACUCUGACUAUGCAGCUGCCAGCAUUGAUGAUGCUAUUUAUGUUUCUGGUGGAUUUCAUCGCACCAAAGGAAAUAUCUCAGAGGUAUGGCGUUAUGAUGAGGUACAUGAUAGAUGGUCGAGGGUUCAAGACCUGAUACUGCCUCGUUUCAAUCACACAUCAAUCGGACACGAUCACCAUAUUUAUGUGCUAGGUGGAGAAGAUGCCGAUAGCUCACUAACUGAGAUUGAGAGAUACUCACCGGCAUUGGACAAAUGGGACAUCAUAGGCUCUGUCAGUCCAACUGGAAGUGGUAUGGCUGUUGUAGCCAUUGGCCAAAAACUCUACAUCAUUGGAUGGUUGACUAAUGUGAGAUUGAUGUGUGUUGUACAGUGUUUUGAUCUGGAGACCGCUGAAUGCUCCACCAUCCCCAGCUCUGGACUAAACCGUCAACUCUUCCCAGCCGUUGCCCUCAAUGACUCUAUCUUCAUCCUGGGUGGUAAUCGCAUGAAGGAAGUGGCCAUCUAUGAUCCAGAGACUUUCAUUUCCACAAAGGUGGAGUCAAUGAAAUUUAAAAGGAAUACGCCUAGUGCCACAGUAGUUGGAGGGAAGAUCUAUGUGACUGGUGGUGAGUUGAGGCAGCAUGUAGCUAAAGUGGAGGCUUAUGAUCCUGACCUGGAUCUUUGGGACACUCUAGAACCCAUGCCACAUGCUGUUUGCUUUCAUGGAUGUGCUAUGAUCAAGAGGUAUCUAGGUCCACCAUAUUAUCCAUGACGCUCUAAAUAUUCUGGCUGAGUGCUUGGAAAAAAAAUUGCUAUAAAAGAUUUCCUGUAAUCUUUGCACAAAUGAUAGGGUGGAUAACUGAAAGGUAGAUAUGUAUACAGGUGAAAAGUGUCAAAGUCAAAUCAGGAUAACUCUUGGCCUCUCAGAUUGUUUCAUUAGCAAUUAUUUGCAAAGAGUAAAAUUAUAUCUCUUUUGGCAGAAAUUGUGAUUUUGAGGGGUAGAAUAUUUUUAGCAAUUUUGUUUUGAAAUGCAUCAUUUUAUUAAGUUUUUGUAAGAGUUGUGGUCAAACACUUGAUACCUUCAAAACAUGAGGAGCAAUCUUGUGUGUUCCUAACUCUGCAACUCACUGUGAUUCAAUUUUGGUAAAAAAAAUACAGGUGUUUAGUGAAAUGAUUUUAACAAAUCAAUUUUUUAUUAGAUUAUAGUUCUGAACAAUAACAUGUAUACCCUUGUAUAUGAAUUUGAAAUAAUGGCAAAAUCACUUUAAGAUUGAGACAAGGACCAGUGGCAUAAUGUGCCAAAAUAUUUGAGGGGGCAAAACAUGCAAAUGGGGUGAUCUUUUUGAAAAUAUGUGAGAAAGUGAAAAUUUUGAUCUUUUUAUAAUGAAAAUAUAAUUUUGGAAUAUAUUUUAACAUGUGAGAAAACUUUCUUAUUUCACCUGUUUUUCCCCUCUUUCUUAUUCUUCUUUCCCUUUACCAUUUUUGGGGGUCUUGAUUGUGGGUUUCGGGGGUUGAAGCAUCCCAAGACUUCCCUUCACAUCUAUAAACGAGUAACAAGCAUGUGACUACUGUGACCUCACUAUGUUAAGGGAAUGAAUGUAGGCCUUUUUUCAAACAAGAAAGCCCAUGAUUUUCUUUUCAGAUCUUGGUCAGCAAAAAUCCGAAACCCAACAAAGAAUUUGCAAAGGAUGCAAAUGACGGGGGGGGGGGGGGGGGGGGGAAAUAGCAGUCCAAAUAUUAGAAAAAUCUCUUGCAUCAAUCAAGUCAUGAAUCUAUUCUUGUGCAGUUUGUGCAAAGAAGAUUUUGCAUUUUUUGACCAUGUUUUGGGGGUAAUUUCUUUGCUUUUAUUUGACCAAGACUGGUAUGUCAAAAUAAUAGAGAAGGAACGCUGGGCCAAAUAAGCAGGUAAUAAAAUCUGGCAAAACCCAGAGCUGUUGGUUAAGCAGGAAAUGCUUUCCUUGAUAUUUCCAAGUGAUAAUGGUGAAGAAAAAUCUAGUGGAAAAAUAAAAAUUUAGUUCUCACAAACCUAUAUAACUUCAACCAUCCUAACAUAGCAUGACAUCACCAACUUUAAAAUGAAGAAAAGCACAAUUAAGCUGCAUUUGAAGCUAAUAUAAGUUUUUCUCAAGCAAAAUUCUUAGCUGACAAGCAGUGAAAAUGUGUAAAAAAAUCAGUUACUGUAUUUUUUCCAGCUUCACUUUUCGCUUCAUUCAGGGUCUUUAUUGUUUAGACUGUUGUUAAGUUACACAACAUUCUGGACAAAUUUGUAAGUAAUAAAUUUAAUACAAAAGAAGGAGUUUUUGCUCUGUGACAUAGAGAGGAUUCAAGAACACAGUGAAUGUAUUGAAAAUGCCCACCAAAUAACAAAAAACAGCUGAGUGGUCUUUGUCAAAAAUUGGUGAACCUGAAUAGCAGUUUUGUCCUAAGUUUUGGGAUCUUAUGAAAAAUUGUAAAUGUGUUGUUUGUCCAGAUAGAGUCAUGGACUUGCUAACCUGCUGUUUUAAUUCACCAAUAUUGGACAAAGACUUCUUGAAUCCUCUGUACGUUGUAGUGCAAAAUUUCCCUACUGAUAGGCUAGUCCCUGAAAUUUCUUGCCCAACAAGAAAACAAGUUUGUUAUUAAUCUCUGAGAGUUAAUAAAAUUAAUUUCUUUGUGUUGCCAAUUAUGUUCUUCAUUGCAAAUUCAGUGUUGUUUAGUGACGACACUUACAGGUUAGGGUGAAAAGGAAGAGUUUGAGAGAGCAAAGCAUAAAUGAACCUUGAGGGGAAGAGAUGUAGAAAGAGAGUGAGAGGCAUCCAGAGUGGAAGGAUGGGGAGAGCAAGAGAAAGAUGACAAGAUAGAAGGUAAAAGACAAUGAAAGAGAGGGGGUGAGACUGCAAGAUACACAGAGCAAGAGAGACUGUGAGAAAAAUGCACGAGGAGGGGUGGUGACAACAUUUGCCCCUGCGUCAAUUGCUCCGGUCUUAAUAUCUCAGGAGGCAUAGGAUUAGAGUUAGGAUUGUAAGAGUUUUUAGUUCAGAAUAAUGUAAAGAUUGUGAAUAUGGUUUAUUUAGUAUUGGAGGUUAGGUUUUGUUUCACUUAAUGUGCAGAUUUCCAUUGGAGCAAUUGUCGAUGGCACAGAUGUCAUGGAACCAGAGGGGCAGGGAGGGGAUAGAAGGACGGUGAGAGAGGGGGAAGGAUACAGAAAGCUAGAGAUACAUUUAUUCCACACUUUUAUGGAGUCUUCUGCCUACUCACAUUGGGUAGGUUAAUUUUAAUACUUCUCGUAUAAAUGUCAAAA